AUGUUUGUUGUGCAAUUAACAAUCGUCGAGGCACUGGGAGUCAGUGGCACACUAUCUCCCUGGUUGAUAGGAUCAUUUCUUGAGGCGAAUGGUGUCUCCGUCAUUGUAUCGGGCUCAUUGGCCGAUCUCUGGAAUCCCAAAUGGCUUAUGAUCGGAUCUUUUGUAUGGUUGACUGUGUGGAAUAUUGUUGGGGUGUUUUCCAUCAACCCAGACAGGGCUGUGCUGUUUUUCGUUGUCCGCGCCAUGAUAGGCCUCGCUGUUGGAGUCCUCUGUUCAACGGCAAUGAGCUUACUUGGUCGUGUCUACCGACCCGGGCUUCGCAAAAAUCGAGUGUUCUCGGCAAUGGGCGCAAUGAUACCGCUGGGUUUUGGCAUCGGUGCUCUUCAAGGGGGCGCUUUCAGCGCCUGUCUGCAUUGGAUCUUUGGCUCAACGGCACUUCUAUCCGACGCUUGCGCAGUUGCGGCUUUAUGGGCGAUACCUUCUGCGCAAAAGUCUCAAAAUCCCAAGCAGAGCGGAGCUUCAUUUAGAGACUUUGAUAUAUACGGGUCCAUUGUGCUUGUAGCAGGCUGUGGGCUUCUCAUAUUCGGCUUGACACAAGGGGUCCCAUCUGAAUGGUCACCAUAUAGCUAUGCAACGAUGAUCGCCGGUUUUUUAUUGCUAGUCGCCUUCUACAUCAUGGAAACAUAUGUCCGAAGACCCCUGAUCGACGGCCGUCUCUGGACUACAGAAGGGUUUGUUCCGCUUAUUAUCUGUUACUUUAUCGGCUAUGGUGCGUUCAUAGGUGCCUGGUUACUCUACGCCGUACGCUUCCUUCUUACGGAGCAAAAUAAGCAACCUAUUGUCGCGGCUGCCUGCUUGAUCCCGAUGGCGGUUUCGGGGAUGGUCGCUAGCUGGGUCGUCUCUCGCACGCUACACAAAAUCCCAGGACACUACGUAUUGGUCGGGAGUAUGGUGGCCUUUGCAUGUGGACCGGCCUUCUUUUUACCGCAGUCCGCUGGAACGAUAUACUGGGCACUUUCAUUCCCCUGCUUGUUGAUAGCCACGUUUGGGCCGGACAUGUCUUUUGCCGCUAUAUCUGUAUUUAUCACAUCUCGCGUCCCAAGUGAUUUUCAAGGCGCUGCCGGGGGCUUGUUAAUUGCAGCUCAGAGCAUCUCAUCCGCUGUCUUUGCAGCCGUGGGAGAUUCAAUAGGGGAAAAGGUUUCUAGCGCGGAGGGCUACAGCUUGGAUCUACAUGCUUUGCGUUCGAUUUGGUGGUUCAGCCUUGCUUCCAGUAUUGUGGGUGGAGUUGUUUGUGCAAUCUUCGUGCGCAUACCCAAAGAGGAUGAGAAAGCACAUAUGCAGUCCACGGGUAAGAGCGAAGCUCAUGUCUGUUACGGUUGA